AUUUUGGUUGCCAGAAGAGAGAGACUUCGAAGAUGUUCGGACGGAUUGGAGGUAACACCCUUCGGUGUGCGGUGCGCCGACCAGCGGCGCGGAGGAAUCUCCUUUGCGAGCGCAGAUUCUCGGCCCAUUCCUCUCACGCCAGCCCCAGUCCAAGUAUUCCCUCGGCUGCCUCACCUCUAGGCAGCAUCACGACCGAGCUGGAUCGGAUCUCUCCUUGCUUCGAGAUCAAUGCCGAGCGGAUUGAGAUCCUAGACUCCCCCGCCAGCUUCUACAGCACUCUCAAGAACAAGAUUCUCAAUGCGAAACGACGUAUCUAUCUCUCGACCUUGUACAUCGGCAAGACUGAGCAUGAGCUUAUCGCAACCCUCGAUCAAGCCCUUCGAGAAAACCCCGAACUCAAAGUAUCCAUUCUCACAGACUGCCUUCGAGGAACUCGCGAGACACCAGAUCCCUCGUCCGCAUCGCUUCUAGCCACGCUGGUUACAAACCAUGGACCUGACCGGGUCGAUAUCCGUAUGUUUCAUACACCAAAUUUGACGGGCUUCAAGAAGAAAUGGAUUCCGCGCAGGAUCAACGAGGGGUGGGGUCUGCAACAUAUGAAGCUGUAUGGCUUCGACGAUGAGAUUAUCCUCUCGGGCGCGAACCUCUCGAAUGACUAUUUCACCAACCGCCUGGACCGAUACCACGUCUUCAGCUCGAAAGAGCUCGCUGACUACUAUGCCAGCAUCCACCAUGCAGUCUGCAGUCUUAGCUUCCAAGUGCUCCCCGACCCGCACAAUGCCGCCGGGUAUCUCUUGGAUUGGCCGAAGGCCAAUGGUGCCCCAUGCCCUCUGGACGAUCCACAGAAAUUCAUCGCCUACUCCUCGACAUUCUUAAAGCCGUUCUUUCAACCCAGCAUCGAGAGCAAGCACGCGCUCCAGCCCAAGCGUUCUACUCACGCCUACGUCUACCCGGUGGCGCAAUUCACUUCCUUGUUGAAACCAGACACCUCGACUGAAUUUCCCGCCGUCACCUCUAUUCUCCGUCUCCUCUCAACCUCUUCCGCCUUCGCCGGUGCCCGCUGGCUCUUCACAGCGGGAUACUUCAACAUCCACCCUGUUCUAUCUUCUCUCUUGAUUGCAAGCACUUCUCCGUCGCACUCCGCAUCCAGUACCCGUGGCACCGUCCUUACUGCCUCCCCAUGGGCUAAUGGCUUCUAUGGCUCGGCCGGCAUUUCCGGAAUGCUUCCCGCUGCCUAUACCCUUUUCUCCGCCAGAUUCCUUGACCAGGUAGCCUUGGCCAAGCGCACGGAUUCCGUCCAGCUCAAAGAGUGGCGUCGAGGCACCGUUGGGCAGCCUGGUGGUUGGACCUACCACGCCAAAGGCCUUUGGAUCACCCUGCCCAAGGAGGAAUAUCCCAGCUUGACAUUUGUCGGCAGCAGCAACUAUACCAAGCGCAGCUACAGUCUGGAUCUGGAGGUGGGUGCGGUUGUCGUCACGGGCAAUCAGACACUGAAACGCAGACUGGGCGCCGAGACCGAAUGGCUGCAAAAGGAUUCCAAGCCCAUCUCCCGAGAGGAUCUGCGGCGAACCGAACGGCGGGUGAGCUGGAAUGUUCGUUUGGCCAUGUGGAUUGUCGAGAAGGUGGGAGGGGCUUUUUAG